AACGCAAACAGAUUGCUGGAGAGGCUGACGUGGGGCUACGAUAAGAGGCUGAGACCAAACUACCACGGGGAUCCAGUUGAAGUGAGCAUAACUUUGACGAUUUUGAGUGUCAGUUCUGUUUCCGAAGCUAAUAUGGACUUUACGUUGGAGUUUUACUUUCGUCAGUUGUGGCAAGAUAAGCGACUGGAGUUUGAGAAGUUGAAGGAAGAGUUGUGCAUCAGCAACGAGAUGUUAGAAACAAUUUGGUGGCCCGACACAUUCUUCGCAAAUGCAAAAUCUGCCAACUUCCACGCCGUAACUACGAAGAAUGCCUUCCUGAGGAUCAAGCAUACAGGAUGGGUCACCUUGAGUUUGAGAUUAACAGUUACAGCCAUAUGCAAGAUGGACCUCUCUUACUUCCCACUCGACUCACAAAUCUGCUCUCUGGAAGUGGAAAGUUACGCCUACUCGAUGAGGCACAUCAUAUAUAGAUGGCACCCCUCCUCUCCUAUCAACAUCUCCAACGACAUCCAACUUCCGCAAUACAGACUUUCCGCUUAUCGAACCAAAGAUAAAAUCGUCAACACAAGCACUGGGGAAUAUUCCAGACUAGCGUGCGACAUACUGCUGGAGCGAAGCCUGGGCUACUACGUCAUCCACAUCUACAUCCCCGCCAGCCUCAUCGUCGUCCUCUCAUGGAUCUCCUUCUGGAUUCACAGGGACUCUGCCCCCGCCAGGACCACUUUGGCAGGCAUAACGACAGUCCUGACGAUGGCCACACUGAUUUCGAGUACGAACGCCUCCCUGCCGAAGAUCAGCUACCUGAAAAGCGUGGACGUCUACCUCAUCAGCUGCUUCGUCAUGGUCUUCGCCGCCAUCCUCGAGUAUACCUGCGUCAGUUAUCUCGGUUCGUUCGUUCGUCUCUCUCUUUCUCUCUCUCUCUCUCUCUCUCUCGCUAUAUAA